UGGAGAUACAAAAAAAGAGACCCCCCUCCCUCCCUCCAGAUCCUUCUCCCUCCGCCCCUCCACCCCAUCCUUCACACUGCUGAGAGCAUCUUUGCACCAAGAUGCGGGACUUAUUGCAAGCCCCGAGCGGAGGCCGAAUGGAGUGAGGUUUGCUGGGGGGAGGAAGCAGAGCCGCUCAGUUGUUUGCUCGGGUGAGGGGUGUGUGUGUGUGUGUGUGUGUGUGUGCGCCUGUGUGAGCGAGAGACGGGGAGACACAGACACUGCAUUGCUGCUGAGCCACGAGUCUCCACUAUGCCGCUGCUGCGAGGGCUGGGGCGUGCGAGUCAAUCUCAGCAGCGGGCAGCCCCAGGUGGAGGUCACAGCUGGGGGGCUGAGACCCUGGAUUUCUUCUGAGUGGAGACAGGGAUUAUUUAAAAAAAAACAACAACAACAUUGGUGGCAGUUGGUCUCCCUCGCCCCCCCUUCUUCUCCCCCCUCCCCCCUUUAUUUCCCUUUCCUGGGCUCUGCCUUGGAUGAUUUUUAGGUGGAGUCGUUUGCACCAAAACCCUAUAGCUGCUGCUCUUCUUGCUGCUCUCCCCCCCCCCACGCCCUCUCCCCCUCCCUUUUUUUGGUGUGAUACUGUUUCCACAGCAGAAGAAGAAGGGACUGAUCCUGAGGAUCCUCCUAGAGAAUGAAUAACCCCAAGACAUUGACUUAAGCAGCACCCUGGAGCCGGUGCACGCUUCAGAUUUGAUUAAAUAAUCAUUCAAUUUUUUUUUUGCCGUUUUCUUUUUUCACCUUUUUGGGGAUUUGCAAACCGAAUUACAUGCAUGUCCAGUGGGGGAAGGUUUAAUUUUGACGAUGGAGGCUCCUACUGUGGUGGCUGGGAGGACGGAAAGGCUCACGGCCAUGGAAUCUGUACCGGCCCGAAGGGUCAAGGCGAGUAUACAGGCUCCUGGAGUCACGGCUUUGAGGUGCUGGGGGUCUACACCUGGCCCAGUGGCAACACUUACCAGGGCACCUGGGCACAGGGCAAGCGCCAUGGCAUCGGUUUGGAGAGCAAGGGGAAGUGGGUGUACAAAGGAGAGUGGACUCAUGGAUUUAAGGGACGGUACGGGGUCCGCGAAUGCAGUGGCAAUGGGGCCAAAUACGAAGGCACCUGGAGCAAUGGAUUACAGGAUGGCUACGGGACAGAGACCUACUCAGAUGGAGGGACGUACCAGGGCCAGUGGGCUGGUGGCAUGCGCCAAGGCUAUGGCGUCCGGCAGAGUGUCCCCUACGGCAUGGCUGCGGUUAUCAGGUCGCCCCUGAGGACAUCCAUUAACUCGCUGCGCAGUGAGCAUACCAACGGCACAGCGCUGCACCCCGACUCCUCGCCUGCCGUGGCCGGCAGCCCUGCUGUCUCCAGGGGCGGCUUCGUCCUCAUGGCCCACAGCGACGCCGAGAUCCUCAAGAGCAAGAAGAAGGGGAUCUUCCGGCGGUCCCUGCUGAGCGGACUCAAGCUGCGCAAGUCUGAGUCCAAGAGCUCCCUCGCCAGCCAGCGCAGCAAGCAGAGCUCCUUCCGGAGCGAGGCGGGCAUGAGCACCGUCAGCUCCACCGCCAGCGACAUCAACUCCACCAUCAGCUUGGGCGAGGGCGAGGCCGAGCUGUCCGUCAUCGAGGACGACAUUGAUGCCACCACCACCGAGAUCUACGUGGGCGAGUGGAAGAACGACAAGCGCUCGGGCUUCGGGGUCAGCCAGCGCUCGGACGGGCUGAAGUAUGAGGGGGAGUGGGCCAACAACAAGCGCCAUGGCUACGGCUCCAUGACCUUCCCGGACGGCACCAAGGAGGAGGGGAAGUACAAACAGAACGUCCUGGUGAGCGGCAAGCGGAAGAACCUAAUUCCACUGAGGGCCAGCAAGAUCCGCGAGAAGGUGGAUCGGGCCACCGAGGCGGCAGAGAGGGCGGCCACCAUCGCCAAGCAGAAAGCGGAGAUUGCGGCUUCCAGGACUUCCCACUCGAGGGCUAAAGCAGAUGCGGCUGUGACAGCAGCGCAGAAAGCUCAAGAGGAAGCUCGGAUUGCCAGGAUCACUGCCAAAGAGUUUUCGCCUUCCUUCCAACACAGGGAAAACGGGCUCGAGUGCCAGAGGCCAAAGCGUCAGAACUCAAGCGACGACAUUGAGGUCCUCUCCACAGGAACCCCACUCCAGCAAGAAAGCCCGGAGCUGUACAGGAAAGGCACCACCCCUUCUGACCUCACUCCUGACGACAGCCCCCUGCAAAGCUUCCCCGCCAGCCCCUCCUCUACCCCGCCACUGGGCCCCACCUGCAGGACCAAGAGCGCCCAUUUCUCCAGACAGGUCUCGGUGGACGAAGAGAGGGGUGGGGACAUCCAGAUGUUGCUGGAGGGACGAGGCGGAGACUACUUGAGACCCAACAGCUGGAACGAAGACAAAGCAGGCGGGACACGUAGCGUUAGAAGUGGGACCCUGCGCAGCAGUCAUUUGGGGUCUGCCUCCAUCCCUGAAGAUUACAGAGGCCGGAGUGGAGGGCACAAACAUAUGGCCUCCAACCACAAGCAAAGAGAGAGGUGGACAGAUUCCCCGGCCACAGUUUCUUGGACUUCCCACCACCGGUCCCACAACCACAGCUCAGGGAGUGCCAAGUUGCUUGAGCUGGAUGAGGAGAAGCUGAGCAAUUACGAGAUGGAAAUGAAACCCCUCAUGAGGAUGGAUUCUUAUAUGCAAGAGAUUCACACCCAAAAAAGACACUAUAGUAAAGCAGGCCCCUGCAGGAGCCUGGCUGAGGACCACCGUGGGGAAGACCGGGGCUUUGGGGUUCAGAGACUGAGGUCUAAGUCCCAGAACAAAGAGAAUUUCAGGCCAGCUUCCUCUGCUGAGCCCACAGUGCAGAAACUGGAAAAUCUGAGGUUCGGGGACAAAGCAGAACCCCGGCUAUUAAGGUGGGACUUAACCUUCUCCCCGCCACAGAAAUCCUUACCUGUUGCACUAGAAUCCGAAGAGGAAAAUGGGGAUGAGCUCAAAUCCAGUACGGUAAGUAGACAAACUUGUGUCGUUGAACCUGACUCAGGAAGCAGAUGCCAAGGCGAACCUGAGCUGGUUCAGAACCGUUGCAGCGUUAGAAAGGUGUGGAAGAGAAUUCACGCCAUGAGAAAAACUGCCCCCCUCUCUCCCAACCAACCACCUUUAGUGCCUUGAAUUCCCCCUGCCUCCCAUUUGUCACAAGGUAUCAAGUACAUUGAAAGGUGAUUUUUGCAGCUUGCUUUACUGGCAAAAUGUCUCUGAGGAAAUGGCAAAUAUUCUACAUUGGGCGGGGGAAGGUAUAAGCAGGGAAAUAUGAUUUGUUCCAAGGUAAAAUUUUGUCACAAUGAAAUCCCAGCAGGACUCAGACUUGAUCAAAUGCAUGAAACAUUGCAAACCACCCUCCCUCCACCCAAUAAAAACCCAGCACCCUCAGAAACGACAAAAUAAUUAUCAGGUUCCUGCCCACAUGAAAAUUCACCCAGCAAAAAAAGGAGCAGGUCCAUGCAGCUCUUGUUGAUACAUUUUAUCGGUAGGCCUGACAAAUCCAACAGGAUGAAAUAACCCAGUUGCAACAGCUCUGUAUUUGAAUCCUUACCUCACGCCAUUGCAUCAAUGUAAAGUGAUGUCAUGUUGCUGCAUCAUAGUGUAUCACCAAGUGUGAUGCAAUGUUCUUGUGCCAUACUGUUGUUGCAUUGCAAAGCCUGAAAUAAAUGUGAUCUUUUAAUUGUGCAAUACAACAGUCAUGGAAGAGGCCCAAGAAAAUUAGGACUGUUCUCUGAAUUUCUGGAUAAGGGAUGAUCCUGAUUCUAGUUUAACUCUCGGGAGUGAGCUGCAUAGCACUAA